AUCCGCAGCAGCACCUGCGCCUCGGGGAGUUGCCAAAGCUCCGAGUUCACCGGAGAGCCCCCCUGGCAUUACACCUAGUGCCCCAGGAAGGAGGCUUUGGAACGUGCAAGGCCAGGGUUUGCUUGUGCCAGAAAAAUGGGCUGUGCCUGGAAUGGGAAUGAAGCUUCUCAACAAAGAAAAGAGACACCGAAUCACCAGUGUGUUGCAUACUUAGAAACUACUUCCUACUGAAGGAGGCCUCAGAGCUAGCAAUUCUCCUUAGAUCUGGAUGAUGAACGGGUACUUGGACGAAUCCGACUUUACGAUGGUCGAGGAGGGCUUUACCACCCGAGACCUCCUUGACAACCUCCUCAUGGAGGUCUCCCAGACGACCAGCAAAGGGGCCUUCUUUGUGGCAGACCUGGGGGAUGUUGUGAAGAAACACCUGCGCUUCCUGAAGGCCUUGCCCCACGUCAAGCCGUUCUACGCGGUGAAGUGCAACGGCAGCAGAGGAGUGGUGCGGACGCUGGCCGAGCUGGGGGCAGGGUUUGACUGUGCUAGCAAGGCGGAGAUGGCGCUAGUCCAGAGCAUCGGCGUCCCACCUGCCAAGAUUAUCUACACCAACCCCUGCAAACAGAUCUCGCAGAUCAGAUACGCAGCCAGUCACGGGGUGCAGCUGAUGGCCUUCGACAAUGAAGUGGAGCUCGGGAAGGUGGCAAGGAGCCACCCACGUGCCAGGAUGGUUCUGUGCAUCGCCACGGACAGCUCCAGACCCUCUGCCAGUCUGAGCGUCAAGUUUGGGGCCCCCCUUAAGUCCUGCAGACGCCUGCUGGAAAUGGCAAAGGAGAUGAAUGUGGAGAUCGUUGGCGUCAGUUUUCAUGUCAGCGGUGGCGGCAUCGACCCUCAAGCCUUCACUCGGUCCAUAGCAGAUGCUCGGCUGGUGUUUGAAAUGGGUGCAGAACUGGGCUACAAGCUGUGCUUAUUAGACAUUGGAGGUGGAUUCCCUGGCACCGAGAAUUCCAGCGUGCGGUUUGAAGAGAUUGCAGCCACCAUAAACUCCGCCUUGGACUUAUAUUUCCCAGAAGGCUGUGGGGUGGAGAUCAUUGCCAAACCAGGACGUUACUACGUAGCUUCUGCCUUUACCUUGGCGGUCACUGUUAUUAGCAAGCAGGAGGUUCCCUGGGAUCUGCUGAGCUCAGAUGACGAAGAGCCCAGCCGCAAGAAGAGCUUCCUCUAUUACAUUAACGAUGGUCUCUACGGCUCCUUCAGCUGCAUUUUCUUUGAUCACACCUGCCCUACGCCCGUCCUGCACAAGAAACCCUGCCCAGAUCCCCCCUUGUUCAGCAGCAGCCUCUGGGGUCCUUCCUGCGACGGGCAGGACCGCAUUGCCGAUGGCUUGGAGCUGCCGGAACUGCAGGUUGGCGACUGGCUGACGUUUGAGAACAUGGGGGCCUACUCCAUAGCAGCCGCGUCCUCGUUCAAUGGAUACCAGCAGCCACAGAUCAGCUACGCCAUGUCCCGGGUGGCCUGGGAAGCUCUCCAGCUGCUUCCGGGGAAGCUGGCGCAGCCUGAAGAGGAGGACCGAGUGAGGGUGUGUACCCCUCUCUCCUGUGGCUGGGAGAUCGCCGAUAUCUUGUGCAUCACCCCCGUAUUUGCUCCAGCUAGGAUCACGUGAGAAGCACCAGUAAUGACAGGGGCAGAUCCUUCCCCCGGGGGACUCUUGCAUCCGCUCCUCAUGCCCUCCCAGAAUUCUGCCCCGCAGUAGGACCCGUUUUACAUUCACUGUGGGUUUUUAAGUAUGCAACAUAAACCGUUCCUCCUGCC